AUGGUUGCCAUUUCAGAGGUCCGCGGGCAGCUAGCCAAUGUCAAGAACCUGGGUUCGGGUCUGGUUGCUGUGUUCGUUGGCGGGACCAGUGGAAUUGGCGUCUCGACUGCGCAAGAAUUCACCCGUUAUGCGACAGCUCCCCACAUCUACCUGAUUGGGCGCAACGAAGCCCAAGCAUCGGAGAUCAUCUCAGAACUACGUACCGUCAACCAAUCCGCAACAGUAGACUUCAUCAAAAGCGAUAUCUCUCUCCUCAAGAAUGUCGACACCACAUGUCGCGAAAUCGCUCAAAAGGAGUCCAAAGUCAACCUCCUCUUCCUGAGUCCAGGGAUCUUGACCACGCAGGGAAGGACUGAAACAAGCGAAGGAAUCGACCGCAAACUCAGCCUUCACUACUACGCCCGAAUGCGCUUCGCCGAGAAUCUUCUACCACUACUAAACCAAGCCGCCUCAUCGGGCAGCCUAGCCCGAGUAGUCUCCGUCAUGAGCCCGGGAAACGAGGGCAAACUCGUUGAAGAUGAUCUCGACCUCCGGAACAAUUACACCCUUCCGAAUGCAGCUGCUCAUGCCUGCACCAUGACAUCUCUCUACAUGGCCCAACUGGCGGCGGCACAUCCCAACAUCAGUUGGGUUCAUAGCCGUCCUGGUGCGGUGAACACGAAUAUCAUGCGUGAUUUUAACCCGCUUUUGCGGGGACUGACUCAGGCCCUUUUUGCGUUGACGCCUGUUUGCUCGUCCAUUGGGCUUCUUUCUGUCAAGGAGUCCGGAGAAAGGCAUGUAUAUGCGGCUACGAGUCCGCUGUUCGCGCCCCGGGUGAAAGGGGGGGACACGGUUGGGGCUGAUGGUGCGAAGGGCAGUGGUGCGUAUCGGGUGGAUUAUGAUAGUUCUAUUGUCAAGGCUAAGGCUGAGUUGGUUGAGAGGUAUCUGGGUAGUGGGGUGGGCAAGAAAGUGUGGGAGCAUACCAGGGCUAUGUAUGCGAAAGCCACCGGGAAUUAG